AUGGCAUCUCCAAGUAUGUCCAAGGUUAAAUUCGGGGGAAACACCCGGCUCCUGACUUCGCCUCCUAUCCACAUCGACGCGCGCGUUUUGGGCCUCUACGUCUACCAUGGCCAAGCAACAUCUCGGUUGCAUUCGGACCUGGAGACUACACGAACUGUGCUGACAGCCUAUAAGACCAGCGCACUGGGACAGAGGUCAUCAUCUGGUCACCUGGGCCAGUAUUCAUGGUUCCAAAUCGCUCUCGACGAAGCCCAUUGGACCCACAACGCGUCUACUCAAGUCCUCCCAAUUUUGCAUGAGUUUGAAGCACAGAGGAGAUAG